AUGGAUCCCGAUGAAAUGCCUGCUGUGCCCUUUUGCCCCUCCAACUCCACCACUGGGCGUGAGGCUGCAGCCCCAUGCGGGACUGACCUUGGCCCCAGAAGAGCUAUAAGACACUGUGCCCACUGCCACAACCACGGAAUCACUGACCAAGUCAAGGAUGAGGAGCACUCUUGCCUCUUUGAGGCCUGCGAGUGUUACAAGGAUGCCCUCUUCUCGGAGAAUCCUAUGGUCUUGCCUGCCGAGAGUGCCUUGAAGACGGAGCAAGGGCACCUAAAGAGGCACCUGCCUCAAGGGCUGUUAAGGAGUGGGGCCACCUCUCCCAAGGCUCACAGCCCUGUGAAGAAAUUGGCCGUCCAAGGAGGAGCCUUCAGAAAGCUCCCAGGGUACUCUGCUGACAGACCAUACCCCAGAAUCUUUGUCUCCAUCCUGGACUCCAGCAGCCUUGAAGAUGCAACUGACAAUUUCUCUUUCCAGGGCUUCCCUGAGGCCUCCUGCACUGCCCAGCAGGCUCCCAAAGCUUGUGAGCAGGCCUCGGUUUCUGCCUCAGAGUGGUGGCAGAAGCUGGAGGUGGCUGAGGCUCUGCUGAGUCUGAACUCUCCCCAAGCCCCUUCUGGCUCCACUUUGCUGUUCCAUCCCUGCAUCGCACCGGGUAGCCUGGUUCUGGAAAGAGAACACAGGGUGGGGAUAGUUGGGAAAUGGGAGGGCUUUGUGGUAAGCAGGGCCUAA